AAAAUCCACGUGUCGGGCAUUGUUUGGACACACUCGUGGCAAUUAGCGAUUGCCGAGGUUUCAUGUCACGGCGCUGCGAUUUCUUUGCAUGUCGAGAUGGAUCCGCAAAUGGGGAACCUUAAUUAGUGCUCGCAACCACCGUAGUAAAUCAUCCCCCUCACGAUCAUUAGCACCAAAGUAAAUCAAAGCCUGUUCGUUAAUAAAAAAUUGUUUUUUUUUUACCCUACUUUUCCGACGUCAAUGGCGGUCGCUGGGCCCUCUUCCAUGAAAGGCGAAAUAUUCGUGGAAAACUGAUGGCAGCAUCAACAUUCACUUAUCAAGCAGCAAGAGGUGAAAGUAGAGCACCUUCUGUGGAGAGGGCUAGAGAAUAAUUCUAGCACUCAAGAUGAAGAAAGCAGACCAAGACACCAUCCCUGAUCCCUCAGCAAACUCGCGUAAGCGCAAAAGGGGGCGCCCUCAAAAACUUACAAUUCCAGAGGAUCAGAAUUCAAGUCCCAGUGAGGCUGCGAAUGUACCUGAAGUUCAACAUCAAGAUCCUCAGGGUAAUAGUUCUGACCCACCUGCGCAUAGAGGUUCGAAGAGAGAUCAAGUAGAUCGUGUUGAUGGCAUAGACAAUGUUAUGUUGGGCCAGAGGUUUUCUGGUCUUGUUGAAGCAGAAUUUGAUGCCGGUUAUUUGCUGACUGUUAGACUUGGCAACCCCCAGAAAACUUUAAGGGGUGUUGUGUUCAAGCCUGGAUGCCAUCAACCUGUUUCUGCUGAAAAUGACGUGGCUCCUGGUGUGCCAAUGAUCCAAAGAGUUGAGAUUCCCCGUCCAGAGAGAAAGCGCCGAACUCGGGCCUCUGAAGCCAAUUCAAGAGAGAAGAAUGCUAGUCCUACCCAUGCAGCACCAGUUUCUGCUGAUUCAGGCCCCUCAAAUGGCAAAAAGGUGCCUCUAGCCAAGACAGAGGCCUCCUGUGUGGCUGCUGAGGGUAAAGAGGUGGCUCCGCCAGCAGUCAAGGAUGUCUACAUGGUUUCCGAGUGUAAACAGGCCUCACCAGGUGCACCCAAAACUUUUCCUCCUCCUCCACCUCCUCCGUCGUCAAGUGAGAUAAUGUUCAUGGAUCGGGUGACGACUCAUGGAAAUGGAGUUUGCCAGGCCGGCCAUGAGUAUGAUCAGUGGUGGAAAAUGCAAAGGGUAUGGGGGCCUUUUUACGAGCUCUCGGAAGAGGAAUGGCAUGAGAUGGAGGCCAGUGCGAUGACCUUGCUGCCUGGAAUUACUAAGAAGCUGCUGAGGAAAGUCAUUUCGAGUGUUCUGGGCAAAUCAAAGCCAGUGAACGGGGGCGCUAAAAAUCUUAAGUCGGAAAUGCUUAUUGAAGCGUACAAGCCAGUUGUUGUUGAGCCUUCACCACCUCCUGAACUCGACAAUCCCUCAUCUUCUGCUCGUGGCUAUCCGGAGCACGGUGAAAUGGGGAGGAUGGCUGAAUUGUUGCAGGCUGUGCAGGAAGAAGAGAAGCAGAACCAGGAGGUUCAGGCCAAAGAACCUGAUCUUGGUGGUGACCAUGAGCAGAUUUAACUGAAGAUGGAGACGAAGCUUGGGGAGUGGGAUGACUUAUAGAUGAAGAACGACCAACCAUAAAUGUCAUGAGAUCUAAGAUAACUUUUAUUGUUUAGGGACUGUUUAGUUCCAUCAGCAAUCUCGGAGCAAUGGAUGAAAACCAACAAUCCGUGGACAUAUUCUGUUUCAUGAGCUAGAAAGGAUGCAGAUGCAAUGAUAGUUUCCUGUUUACCGUUUUAAAGUCGCAAAUAGUUUUUAUAUGCUUGGGUUGAAUCAUGCUGGAUCAUUUAUUGUAAUUGUCGUUGGAACUAUCCAUUUUAUGCUCUAGCUUCUCUGUUGUGUU